UCCAAACUACCGAAAACUAAAUUAGCUGAUCGGUUUUAAACUCCUCCACUUUUCUAAAGCAAUAAACGUUUUUGCCACCAACUUCCGUUGGUUAAUUAAAGUAGAUAUAGAGAUAGUUGCACAGAUAGCAGGAGAAUGGCAGACUCGGCGGCGGCCAACAGCGACGGGGAGGACGGACCCCGCGAGCCCAUGCGGGGCUUCGCGCGCCAGGGAGCCCUUCGCCAGAAGAACGUGCAUGAGGUGAAGGACCACAAAUUCAUCGCGCGCUUCUUCAAGCAGCCCACCUUCUGCAGCCACUGCACCGACUUCAUCUGGGGUUUUGGCAAGCAGGGAUUCCAGUGUCAAGUUUGUUGUUUCGUGGUUCACAAACGUUGCCAUGAGUUCGUCACUUUCUCCUGUCCAGGCGCUGAUAAAGGACCUGCAUCAGAUGACCCGAGGGCAAAGCAUAGGUUUAAGAUCCAUACCUACUCCAGCCCGACUUUCUGUGACCACUGUGGCUCUCUGCUCUACGGCCUUCUACACCAGGGCAUGAGAUGUGACCACUGUAUGAUGAACAUCCAUAAGCGCUGUGUGGCUAACGUGCCGAGCCUGUGUGGGACAGACCACACAGAGAGGAGAGGCCGUAUCAAGAUCACUGCUGAGAUCAAGACUAAUGUGCUCACUGUUACCAUAAUAGAGGCCAGGAAUCUGGUUCCUAUGGAUCCCAACGGUCUGUCAGACCCCUACGUGAAGCUUAAACUGAUCCCAGACCCCCGCAGCGAGAGCAAACAGAAGACCAAGACCAUUAAGUGCUGCCUCAACCCCACCUGGAAUGAGACCUUUAAAUUCCACCUGAAGGAGUGCGAUAAGGACCGCCGUCUGUCGGUGGAGGCGUGGGACUGGGACCUGACCAGCCGCAACGACUUCAUGGGAUCACUGUCCUUUGGCAUCUCGGAGCUCCAGAAACAAGGAGUAGAUGGAUGGUUUAAGAUGCUCUCCCAGGAAGAAGGAGAGUACUUCAAUGUUCCCGUUGCUCCAGAAGGGGAGGAGGGCAACGAGGAGUUACGGCAGAAAUUUGAGAGGGCUAAGAUUGGUCCAAGCAAGAACACAGAGGGCAAGUCGGCCAAUGCCGCCCGGUUCGACUCCAAUGGCAACCAAGAUCGCAUGAAGCUGUCUGACUUCAACUUUCUGAUGGUGUUGGGAAAGGGAAGCUUUGGCAAGGUGAUGCUGGCAGAGCGUAAAGGGACAGAGGAUCUAUACGCCAUAAAGAUCCUGAAGAAGGAUGUUGUGAUCCAGGAUGAUGAUGUGGAGUGCACCAUGGUGGAGAAGAGAGUGUUAGCGUUGGCUGGAAAGCCCCCGUUCUUAACACAGCUGCACUCCACCUUCCAGAGCAUGGACCGUUUGUAUUUUGUCAUGGAGUACAUCAACGGCGGAGAUCUCAUGUAUCAGAUUCAGCAGGUCGGCAAGUUCAAAGAGCCCCAUGCUGUAUUCUAUGCGGCAGAGAUAGCCAUUGGUCUGUUCUUCCUACAUCUAAAGGGCAUCAUCUACAGGGACCUGAAGCUGGACAACGUGAUGCUGGACUGCGAGGGCCACAUUAAGAUAGCGGACUUUGGCAUGUGUAAAGAAAAUAUGUUGGAUGGAGUCACCACCAAGACCUUCUGUGGAACACCAGACUACAUAGCUCCUGAGAUCAUAGCCUACCAACCUUAUGGAAGAUCUGUGGACUGGUGGGCCUUCGGAGUAUUGCUCUAUGAGAUGCUGGCUGGACAGCCUCCAUUUGAUGGUGAGGAUGAGGAUGAGUUAUUUCAGUCCAUCAUGGAGCAUCACGUCUCCUAUCCCAAGUCAAUGUCCAAAGAGGCUGUCGCUGUCUGUAAAGGGCUGAUGACUAAACAUCCAGCGAAACGACUGGGCUGCGGUCCGGAGGGCGAGCGAGACAUCAGGGAGCACAGCUUCUUCCGCUACAUGGACUGGGAGAAGCUGGAGAACAAGGAAGUGCAGCCGCCGUUUAAACCCAAAGCUUGUGGCCGGGAUGCGGAGAACUUUGACCGUUUUUUCACACGCCACCCGCCGGUGCUGACCCCUCCCGAUGAGGAAGUGAUUCAGAACCUGGACCAGGACGAGUUCCAGGGAUUCUCCUUUAUCAACCCAGAGUUCCCAGGAACUGCUGCUACCACCCCUGCCACCGAGCAGGCUUGAUUUCAGCUCAUGCACGGACACAUGCACGCACACACACACACACACACACACAAACACACACACACACACAAUCAUAUACAUCAUAAUUUCCCCCAAAAUCAACCCUGUGUACCCUGAAACAUACAGUACACAUACAGAAAAAACAUAUCAAUUCUAAAUAUCCUCUCAUAGCCCCAACAAAACCACAAGUUUAACUGAUACACAGAAGUACAGAGUAAACUUUAAACGCACACAUUUCUCAUUCACACUGUUGCAACCUGGAUGAGUGUAUAUAAACAAAUCAGCUUAUCAGAUAAUUAUUAUUUAGUUUGCAAAAUACGCCAUAGAGUAUGACAUUCACUAUCUCCGAGCAUUGUUUUUGAGAAGUUCACCAUUAUAAGUCAAAUAUAGAAAAAUAUUGUGCAUGAAACUACAGUAAAUCUGACUUAUUUAGCAUUUUGAGUUGAUUUUCGACUUGUGGACAUCAUCAAAAUCUGUGUUCAAAAUGAAUGAUGACCUUUAAACUUUCAGCAAACAUCAGAUUUAAACCUCCACUCACUUACAGACACAUUAAAGUACAACACAUUAACUAGCUAAUUACAGAAAUAUUGACAGAGCAUGAUUCCCCCUUCACUUCCAUCUACACACCUGCACAAUAAUAUUAACUCUACAUGUAACAUAGCCGCAGCAUUUCAUGUUAUGACUCUUUUUGGGGGUGGAAAUUGUGAUUCAACUUUUCUUUUACUCAUUCCUCGGCUCUUCCAGCGCGCUCUGAGUUAGGCUUGUAAUUCUGGUGUGCUUUUUAAUCAACGUAAAGGAAUAUUAGUGUCUGUAUGUUUAUUCUUAUCUUAGCUAAAACUGGAAUGCUUGACCUAUUUGUGCAUGAGUUUCUAUAUCAAUAAUAGCCCUGGACUUUGUCUCCCAGCUGCAUUUUAGCAUCUUAUCUCUAACUGCCAUCUUGCAGUUUUCAAAAUGAGCAUUUGAAAAACAAACUGCGGAGUAAUAUUUUACCCAAAGACAAAUAUUAUAAGCACAGAUUUUUUGCCAUGAAAUACCACAAAUAUUAGAAGUUUUUGUGUGUAUUUGCUGUCCUGUAGUGGGGUAAUGAUGGUAUAAUGCUGUUGGGAAAUGUAGUCCUCAUAAAGGCUUUGAGUCAGUUUAAUAGAUAGAAAGUACUACUUCUUAUACUCGGAUUUCCUGUAAUCUAGUAUUUAAGCAAUGAAAGAGACUAGCAGUCAGUUAUUUUGUGUUUUACAAAAGCAUGACUCCAAUACCUGGGCGUUUGUUUACAGUGUGUGUAUGCACAUAUGUGUUUUAUAUGUGUGGGAAUGAGUACCGUGUAUGAAAACGCACAUUUGCAUUUUUCGUGUCCAUGCCUGCCUUCCCAGCACCUUGCCUGGCCUUGUGUUUAUGUUUUUGGGUUUUUUUGUAUGGUGAAUGUCUGCACAACCCUUCAUAUGAAGCAGUACUGGCAUGCUCCACUUUACUUCUAACUAGUAGCUCCACAGGUGGUGGAAAAGAAAACAGGGGAAAACAAGUACAAGUAGAGCAGAAAAAAGGAUGUUUUCCUGGACAGAUGCAUGAUUUUGAAAUUGAAAUAAUUAGCAAAUAAUAUGAAGUUUCAGUAAAUGAUAGUUCCUGGAAAGCAGGUAGGGAUGUUCUAUGAUCUAUGGCCCAGGAACUAAAAUUCAACCCAGGUUCCUGCUUUCAAAAUGUAGAUUAACUACCUGAGCAUAUCAACAAUUUUCUAGGCCCAAGAACCUUUUUCUAAUCUAGUUUGUUUUGGUAACAUGGGAAAGAACUUGAAGCUCAACUCACUGUGAUUGGUGGUUCUGCACGAGUUAAAAAGUCCGCCCCAAACUACAGCAACAGUAAACACAGGUCAAAGCCAGGCAUUCUGGAGCAGGACAGUGUGUGUACGUUUUGUCUUUUGUUAUCCCCUAGCUAGCAAUAAUCCUGUCGACAGGAACCGGUACUGAACCAAACUUCAGAGGGCUCAGGUUAGCACUGUUACUGAUUUACAUAGAAAGGCUAUGAAGUAAUGAAGCUCGUAGGUAGGCGUAUUCAUCCCAGUCAUAAAGGUGGCUGUGUAUACACUGGAGUGCAGCCAAUGCUGCCUCGAAGAGGCCGAAGCACUUCCUCAUAUCACACUCCUCUUCAUCACAGAGGGACAUCAGGUUUACUGGUGUUUACUAUCAGUACCAGUGACAUGAAGUUGUCUUUAUCUGCAGCUUAAGAAGUCACUUUAGCUGUUUUUUGUGGUAUGAUAUCAUACAGUAAAUACACUUGAACAAAUAGCAAUUAUCUGUCAUGCUAGUAGUCUGACGAGUCAUGACAAUAGUAAGUGAUUAGGAAUCUUAAAAUAUCUAUGGAAAUGACUGGAAGUUAUCAGAUCAAUAUGAUGACAGUAAUGGUAAACCAGAAUACAGUGAUUAUUUCAAAAGAGGUAUUUUGAAAAGGUUUUUAUCCUAAAAUACUGAUCAAAUUCAGUAUUUUAGGAAUUUUAGGAUAAACACUGAAAGACACUGAUUAAGGGAAAAUAAUACUUAACAUCUUGAUAAGGUUGGUCCUGUUUGUGAUUUAUUGUCCUGACAUUUGAAUUGCUGAUGAGUUCAGCAACGUAGAGAGAGAGCAGCUUUAGUGCUUUCACGUUUCAUUCAUGACAUGUACAAGUAAACGCGACUAUUUUGUUUUUAUGACUUGACGAUAAAGUUAAAUCUGUGUCCAUUAUCUGUGUCAUAACUCCAUUUAAGGUAUUUAUUACAGUCAGUGUCUCCUGUAUUAUAACAACAACAAAUACCUAUAUAUACUUACACACACACACACAUAUAUAUGUGUGUGUGUGUAACUGUGUCAAAUGUUGAGACACAAUGUUGGUCAGUAUUGUAAAGGACUUAGAGGAGAGGUCUUACUUCAGGAUAUGUGUUUUUGUUUCGAUGAUUCCUCCCUGCUGAAGGAGAAGCAAAAUGAAUUCUGCAUGAAAAAAAAGGCUUUUGUUUUACCUUUUUCAUUAUUUAGGAUUUAUAUACAUUUAAUAUAUUAGGGUGAUUCAUGUUUCUGUGUCAGCAGUGCUUCAAAAGCGUGAUCCAGGCUACUGUUGUGUGCGCUAUGUGUGAAAAUAAUGAAAUAUAUCUAAAGAAAAACAAGGAAAAAAUGCUUUUCACAAUGCUUUCCAUGUGCCAAAUUUUUUUUUGUUUUCCAGGAAAAAACAGGCAUACCUAUAAU